AUGGGCCUGUCAUACAACACUUAUUUGAAUAGCAGCAAGAUAUACGGCUGCAAAGGAUGCAAAACCCACCUCGCCAACCAUGACGACAUCAUUAGCCGAAGUUUCCGUGGCCAGCAUGGCAAGGCAUACCUCUUUCACAACGUAGUCAACGUCGAUAUUGGAGAGCGUAUGGAGCGAAAUAUGACUACCGGACGGCAUGUCGUUUUUGAUAUUACAUGCCGCCAGUGCAGUGUAGUUGUCGGUUGGAAAUAUGAUACAGCCUAUGAGAGUUCGCAAAAGUACAAGGAGGGCAAGUUCAUUUUGGAAGCUGAGCUUCUGUGCAACGUUGCUUAA